AUUUACACGUUGGACGGUUGGUUUGGAUCAAAAAUACCACUGCGUCCGGGAAGUCCCAGCGAUGAUUGGAUGCGGAAUUGAGGCUGAGGAACCAUCAAGCUGCAGCAGAGAUGCGCUUUAUGGGGUCCAGCAGGGGCUCCAAUGGGGACAAUACUGCAGUAGCAGCAUAGAGCUCUAGUCAUUUCCAGUGUUUUUCUGUGAGAUUAGGUGCUACUCAGUCAGUGUGCGGCCGCAGGGCGCUCAGAGGUUGAUGCACUGCAGUGGUCCUAUUCGCCCCUAUGGAUCGCGUCCAUGGAUGUCUUCAAACCAGCUUUGGAGAACAGUUUGAGUCCCAGGGCGUCAUUAUCUGAAGAAGCAGAGUCGGAUGCCUUUCGCUGGUCCAGCACAGCGGAAAUCGAGCCGGCGCAGGAUGAGGAGCGCGCCGCGCCUCCGCCAGGCGUCUGGACAGCCGUGUUCGACUAUGAGGCCACUGCGGACGAUGAGCUCAGCCUGCGCAGGGGGGACCUGGUGGAGGUCCUGUCCAAGGACUCCUUGGUGUCAGGAGACGAGGGCUGGUGGACCGGCAUGAUAGCAGACCGGGUUGGCAUUUUUCCUUCCAAUUAUGUCAGCAAAAGGAACAGGACAGAGGAAGAGGCAGGCCUGCGGGACAGCUCGGAGCACCCAGUGCCUCCUCUGCACCCAGUCUUGGAGAUCGAUUUCUCGGAGCUCACCCUUGAGGAGAUCAUCGGAGUCGGUGGUUUUGGAAAAGUCUACCGUGCGGUGUGGCGGGGUUCUGAGGUGGCCGUGAAGGCAGCCCGACGGGACCCCGAUGAGGAUGCGGCGCAGACUCUGGAGAGCGUGCGACAGGAAGCAAAGCUCUUUGCCAUGCUCAAUCAUCCAAACAUCAUGGGCCUUCUGGGGGUAUGCCUGCAGGAGCCCAACCUGUGCCUGAUCAUGGAGUAUGCUAGAGGAGGGCCUUUGAACCGAGCUCUUGCUGGGAAACGCAUCCCCCCUUGUACGUUGGUAAACUGGGCUGUGCAGAUUGCACAAGGAAUGCAUUACCUCCAUGACCAGGCUAUCGUCCCCAUUAUACACAGGGACCUCAAGUCCAGCAACAUCCUGAUCCUUGAGAGGGUGGAUAUGGAGGACCUCAGCAACAAGACUCUGAAGAUAACCGACUUUGGGUUGGCUCGGGAGUGGCACCGCACCACCAAGAUGAGCGCGGCUGGGACCUACGCCUGGAUGGCUCCUGAGGUCAUCCGCUCAUCCACGUUCUCCAAGGGUAGCGACGUGUGGAGUUAUGGCGUGCUGUUAUGGGAGCUGCUGACCGGAGAGGUUCCUUUUCGAAAUAUUGAUGCUCUUGCUGUAGCCUAUGGAGUGGCAAUGAACAAACUGGCUUUGCCCAUUCCCUCCACUUGCCCUGAGCCUUUUGCACGUAUAAUGGAGAAUUGCUGGAGCCCAGAUCCUCACUCGCGGCCACUGUUCACAACCAUCCUGGACCAGCUCACUGCUAUUGAAGAAUCUGGCUUUUUUGAAAUGCCUGCAGAGUCCUUCCAUUCCCUGCAGAAUGACUGGAAAUUGGAGAUACAGGAAAUGUUCGAUCAGCUUCGGACCAAGGAGAAGGAGCUGCGAUCAUGGGAGGAAGAGCUUACUCAAGCCGCCCUGCAGCAGAAGUGCCAAGAGGAGGCAUUAAGGAAGCGCGAGCAGGAGCUCGCGGAAAGAGAGAUUCACAUUGUUGAGCGGGAGCUAAACAUCAUCAUCCAUCAGCUCUACCAGGAGAAGCCACAUGUGGAGAGCAGGCAGGGCAAGUUCCGCCGCAACCGCCUUAAACUUAAAGAUGGGAACAGGAUCAGCCUACCCUCAGAUUUUCAGCACAAAAUCACAGUGUUGGCAUCUCCAUCCCAUGAUCAUCGAAGGAAUCUCCUCAGCAGUGGUUCCAGCCCGCCAACCAGCCCACUCAUGCUGCCUCGCCUUCGAGCCAUCCAGCUUACUCCAGGAAAGGACCGCACAGAGAUCGAGAGAAAGGGGUCAAGGAAGAAGGGUCGUUCCCGUGGGAAUGGAAUAUACAGGGAGCACAGUGCAGAUGCAUGUGUGAAACCUCCCCAUGAGGGCAGCAGGCAGCGGUCCUGCAGCGCUCCGAACCUCCGCAGAUCCCCAAGGCACAGUCCAGCAGUGCCUGGAGUACCAAGCCUACUGGAGACAGAAAAUGAAGACUGCUGCUUCACUACGGAGCCGGGUGCAGCUCCUGGUCAGUCCUACCUCUGCAUUCCCUUCCAAAAAGACACCCACGGAGCGUCUUCCAUUGAAACUGAGGGGGAUGAGUACUGCCUCCGCAGCCAGGCCCCCGGCACCCCGCCAUGCAGAAAGAGUCCAGUAGGAGGUCGGCGUUCUGAGCUGGUCCUGCUGGGAUGUGGAGCUCUGUUGGCAGCUGUUGGACUGGGAUGCAACCUGCUAACUUUGGCCCAGCCUGAGGAGAGCAUCAAAUCCAGAUGGGAGGGUUUCUUUCACAGAACAGCUGGCCAAAGGCGUAGCACUAGCUCCCCGACUCGCAGACUGUUCCAGAGGGAAAGUCCAUUGAAGACUUUGGCCCCCUCCUUACCUGAGCGAGGUUUACCCUCCUCAUAUACGCUCCUGUCCUUAUCGUCUAUUUCUGACUCUAACUCCACCCAUUCAUUGCUGCGCUCCGACAGCGACGAACUGUUGAUCUGCCGUCCUUCGUCGGGAUCAUCCCGGCCUCCUGUGCCACCUCCGGUCUCACAGCGCAAGACGGUCCAGACCCCAGUGAAUUCACUAGUCAACAUUCACGUGGAGAGCUUCAAGCGGAACCCCCGCCAGUCGCUAACACCCACACAUGUCCCCUGUAUCCCACCUUCCUCUCGGGGGCUCCGUAGAACCCCAUCAGAUGGAGCCAUCAAGAAGAACGGUCCUCCCAGCUCACUGGAGACUUUGCCAGAGAAGAAAGCUUUAGAGAACACAGCAGGUGGCUUCAGGGGUUUAAAAGAAGAAAAUCAAGAGGUUCCGCGGCUUCCUGACCCCAACGUGGUAUUCCCCCCCACCCCUCGCCGUCGCUGUGCUCCAGAACGCCCUAAAACCUUGGACGUUGUGGCCCGGCCUCGCCCUUCACCACGGCCACGGUGCGAUGUGUUCUGGGGAGACUCUCGGCUUAGGGGCAAUGGACACACCCUGGGCAGUGGCGAGUCCCCCGCUUACACCUCCAGUACAGAGACACCGCCCACUGUAGAGUUUGGUAGAGACUCCACAGAUCAGCCAACUCCAAUGGAGGCUCCAACUCCCUUCACUCCCAGCAGGAAUGCAAACCUGUUGGAUAAGUGGGAUGAGGGUCAGAGUCGGGAUGGAACAGUCCCCCUUUGCAGACCAGACAGCAGCCUUCCCAAAGACUCACCUUAUAAUCCAGAGUUCUGGUCCUGACUCAGUCCAACACAUGAACAGGGUGGACCUGCUGUUAGCUGUAAAACUCUCACCAAUCUAUGUUAGUUUUAAUCAAAAUAGUACACAUUCUCCAAUCUACAUCAUUGGAACAAAAUUUCAAUGACGUCUUUUCUUUCUUCUAUUCAUUAUUUUUUCUAAAUAGUAACCAAAAUCUGCAUUAAAAAAAAAAGAUCUGAACCAGGUCUGGCUUUAAAGAAAGAUAUUAAUUC